AUGGCAGGAAAGAGAAGUAAAGUAUUCUUUGAUAUGAUUCAAGGUGAUAAGAGUUUGGGUAGAAUCGUAUUUGAAUUGUUUAACGAUAUCACACCAAAGACAUCAGAGAAUUUCAGAGCUUUGACUACCGGUGAAAAAGGUAUCGGUAAAAUGGGUAAACAACUUCACUAUAAAGGUUCAAGAAUUCAUAGAGUUUGUAAGAGCUUUGUCAUUCAAGGUGGUGAUUUCACACAUGGUAUUGGUGUAGGUGGUGAAUCUAUAUAUGGUACAAAAUUCGAUGAUGAAAAUUUCAAUGUAAAGCAUGAUGUCGGUGUAUUGUCAAUGGCAAACGCUGGAAAAAAUACAAAUGGAUCACAAUUUUUCAUAACUACAGUAAAUACACCGUUUUUAGAUAAGAAGCAUGUUGUGUUUGGAAAAGUAAUCUCUGGAAUGGAUGUAGUAUAUGAAAUUGAGAAGACUCCCACCAAGCAAAACGAUCAACCAGUUACACCUGUUAUUAUUAAAGACUGUGGUCAGCUUGAAUAA